AUGGAUGGUGUUAUCAACAUAGUGUUACCCUUACAGCCAUAUAGCAUAGUGUUACCCUUACAACCCUAUAUCAUAGUGUUACCCUUACAACCCUAUAGCAUAGUGUUACCCUUACAACCCUAUAGCAUAGUGUUACCCUUACAACCCUAUAGCAUAGUGUUACCCUUACAACCCUAUAGCAUAGUGUUACCCUUACAACCCUAUAGCAUAGUGUUACCCUUACAACCCUAUAGCAUAGUGUUACCCUUACAACCCUAUAGCAUAGUGUUACCCUUACAACCCUAUAGCAUAGUGUUACCCUUACAACCCUAUAGCAUAGUGUUACCCUUACAACCCUAUAGCAUAGUGUUACCCUUACAACCCUAUAGCAUAGUGUUACCCUUACAACCCUAUAGCAUAGUGUUACCCUUACAGCCCUAUAGCAUAGUGUUACCCUUACAACCCUAUAGCAUAGUGUUACCCUUACAACCCUAUAGCAUAGUGUUACCCUUACAACCCUAUAGCAUAGUGUUACCCUUACAACCCUAUAGCAUAGUGUUACCCUUACAACCCUAUAGCAUAGUGUUACCCUUACAACCCUAUAGCAUAGUGUUACCCUUACAACCCUAUAGCAUAGUGUUACCCUUACAACCCUAUAGCAUAGUGUUACCCUUACAACCCUAUAGCAUAGUGUUACCCUUACAACCCUAUAGCAUAGUGUUACCCUUACAACCCUAUAGCAUAGUGUUACCCUUACAACCCUAUAGCAUAGUGUUACCCUUACAACCCUAUAGCAUAGUGUUACCCUUACAACCCUAUAGCAUAGUGUUACCCUUACAACCCUAUAGCAUAGUGUUACCCUUACAACCCUAUAGCAUAGUGUUACCCUUACAACCCUAUAGCAUAGUGUUACACUUACAACCCUAUAUCAUAGUGUUACCUUUCCAGCCCUAUAGCAUAGUGUUACCCUUACAGCCCUAAAGCACAGUGUUACCCUUACAUCCCCAGACAUGAAAUAUAAUACUACCCUUACUAACCUAUAUGUUGUGGUACUAAAAACACACGAGCCAUUCAAAUCAAUAUGUCUCGCCUGUGACACGCUUUGACCAUCAAUGAACAUAUCAGAGAAACAAACUUAAAUGCAAAAACUUACUAAGGUUGAUGGAGAUGCUGGCCCAUGAAAGGUAGGCUAGAUCCAGCAUGAGAUGCUGACAAAGUCAAUGGCCCAUGAAAGGUAGGCUAGAUCCAGCAUGAGAUGCUGACAAAGUCAAUGGCCCUUGAAAGGUAGGCUAGAUCCAGCAUUUACACAUAUUGUUACCCCUAACUACCCCGAUUUCAUGAACAACCUUAUUAUAUUGUUGGCCCAUCAACCCUUUAACUAAUGAUUUGUAAUAAAACCACCAACCCUUCCCUCGUCCCCAACUAUAUAACAUGUAGCAGGCUCGAUAUCCUCAUUAUCCACAAGUCAAACUAACCCAAGGUCACCUUAUGCAUAGAGAAAUUUCUCUCUCAUUCUCACUUUGCAUAAAGAACAAUGUAAUUCAUAAGACCAUAGCAACCAGUUCCAUGUUACCAUGGCAACAAUAAAUAGUACCAUGGCAAUUCAAUGUGUUUACAUAGCAACAAUGAAAAGAAUGACACCCAUGUCAGUUACCAUGGCAAUAAUACAUAAAACGAUACCUAAAUCAGUUACCAUGGCAACUAUAUCCUCAUCACAAUGACACAAACAUGUGUUGUCAUGGCAACUAAUCAAUAUCAUAACAGCUGUGUUUAUGACUUGGCAAUCGGAAGCCUCUUUGGUUACAUUAUAUGAAAGGCACUGUAGUAGUAAAACAGAUAUCAACAUUUGGAAAACAGACUUUUGAGUACAAGAAUAAAAUAAAUUUGGAUACAACAGCGAGAUAUACAAAAGUAUCUCCAGAUUAAAAUGUUAAAAUCCUUGUUAGAUCGAAAAGAAAUAUGAAUUAGUGGUUAUUCCAUAAUUUUAAUAAAUUGAAGUUUCCAAUUGCUUAUUGUUCAUCACAAGACAACUUUCAUAUGAUGUUUCCAUUUUUUGAACAGGUCAAAUUUUACAAAUUAGCCGUAGUGAUUUGAUUUACAUCUCCUUGAACUAAAAUGUUUUGGGAAACAUUUCUUUUAAUUUAAAAAAUAACAUUAGCGACAAAAUAAAGGGUCAAACUAACAAGGCUUUUAACAUUUCUUACAGCAUGUUCAUCUACAAGAUCAUAAAUAUACACAGAAAGACACAUUUUAUAAAAUAGAAAAUACCACUUAAAUGUACCAAAUCCUAAUCACAAACAAAUCAAUUUCAAUUCUACAUAAAUAUUGAUAUAAAAGGAAACAGAUUGAUAUCUGGUAAAUUGUUUUAAAAAGAUUGAUGUCUUGCACUUUGAGUGAAGACAGAAAAAAGUCUGUUUUCCAAAAUGUACACGAAACUAUGACAUUAUGUCUAUUCUGGUAAAAUUUGUUGAGAUUAAAAAAGAGUAGAAAGCUUAAAGAACCACCAUAUACAAAAAAGAAGCAGCUAGCCCCAUAGGUAAAAUGUUAGGAGUAAAACCGGCGUUUUCUCUGAUAGAGAUCCACCAUACAUCUGAAGACAAUUGGUGCCAGAGGCUAAGAGUACCUUUUCCACCUCUUAAUAUAUAUUAUCAUUAAAUUUCAAAAUUAAAGGAUUUUAAGAAAUGUAUCCUUUUUUAAUAUCUCUUUCUAGACACAAAAUACUUGACUACUACCAGAGUACUUUCCUCUUACCCUCAGUUAAAUAAUUUUCAGAUAUUGUAGAUUCACCAAACAUCACAGGAUUAUCAACUGGAAGCUAGGGCAAAUCUGUAUUGCAUUAUAUUUUCAGGUUUGAAUCUGUCUUUUAAUUUCAUUACCUGAAAAUAUAGAAAUGUUCCAAAAGGAAAAAAUUGGGUUUGUUUAUGUUUUACGUCCUAUUAAAAGUUAUGGUCAUUAAGUAUGUGUCAGGUUUUGGUGGGGGAGGAAAACAGGAGUGCUUGAAGAAAAUACACCGAACUGCAGCCAGUACCUGGAAACUGCCCCAGGUAGGCCUUGAAUCGGCUGACCCAGUAGUGGAGCACUAGUGAUUGUAGACAGUAAGAUGCCUUAAAAAUAUGAUAAAUUAUACAGCAUGUUGAAAAGGAAAGUAGCCUGGUAGAGUUUAUUUUUAAAGACCAAUUGUCUUCUGUUUUGGAGGGGGGAAUUUAAACGAGAUGUACCACCAGUAAUCUUGACCUCAAAGCCCUUGAAAAAAAAUGGAUGAAAAGUCUACAAAGUUCUUAACUUGAAAAGCACAAGCAAGAAAUCAUAGCUGUAAGUAUGUCUACCAUUGAUAAAAUUUGAAUCAAACAUUUUAUAAAGUAACUUGAUUAGAAUUAAAAUAUCAUCUCAGAAUGACAAUAAAUAAGUUUCAAAUUGUACUACAAAUCUUUCAGACUACAUUAAAAUGAUUGGCGCUGAUGAGGCCAACAGAGUAUGCUUAAAGCGUUCAAAAGACAAAGACUACAUCACAGAACAACGGCAGUUCAUAUAACAUUGCACAAUAAUCAAACAGUCACAUGACACUGAUCGACAAUCAAGAGUUUAAUCUUUAUAUUGUGGCUGUGUAUUUUGCAAAACAGCUUUAAUCAGAUACAGGUAAAAUCAAAUUUGUAUUGCAUAUCAUAUAUGUAAUUGAGAAACAACAAAUUAAAUUCUGUAAAAAUCCUAUGGAAAAAUAAUGAUUGAAGGAUUUGUUUUCAUUCACCCGUUUCAAGCCAUAUCGAAUAAAACAUAUUUUGGAGGUCUUAAAAGUGACUGAAUCUUUCCGAAUCAUUUCAGUUGCUCUUCCUGCGAGAAUAAAUAAAAAGAUAAAUAGGGAACUCUAACUUAAUUUAUCUAAUAAUCACUUUAGUUAAAAAUACAGACUUUUCAAUAAGAAUCUUAAUUAAUGCAUAUCAGUUUUAAAUAUAAAUGUUAUUUUGGUCAUGUCAGGCUUAAAAC